AUGACACCCAACGGUAAUGACGGGGCUAAUUUGUGGAAAACAACAAUUAUAGUCAGCACAUCACUUCGGAACCAUGACGCUACAAGAAUGCUCGGCGCGCAGCAGCAUCGCAUCCGGUUUUCAGACAGCGUCGAGCCAGGGGCCUUGGUCUUCCCUUUGUCAGGCACUGCAUUUCUGAUCGUCAACCCACAAGAACUUCCAGAAGGGCUUGAAGAAUCAGAUGUUUUUGAUAGGAUUAAGAAGUUUGUGCAGGUCCACCGCAACAGUUUCCUUCUUCUACAAGCCUCUUUUUAUGGGAAGAAGGAAUUGGAAGCCUUGUCAGUGAUUCAACACAGAUUCCUUGGCAGCAGUCUCCGGGUCCUACCUGUUCGUAACCAUGCCGACGCAGUCAAGGGAAUGCUGACCAUCGCUAAGGCGACCAGUAAGCCGUAUGUGGAGAGAGUGAGAGAGAGGAUUUCUCAGGCCCGGGCGCAUAUCAUAGAGAGCAGCUCAAUGUGGGAGAUUCUCAGAGACCAAAUGCUCAGGUGA